AUGAGUACAAACUUCCACAGACUUCUCUUUGACAUUUCUGAAGCUUUGGUCACAGAUGAACUGGCAGCUCUGAAGUUCCUCAGCCUGGAGCACAUCCCCAUGAGGAAGCUGGAAGCCAUCCAGGAGCCCAAGGCCUUCUUUGAAGUGCUGCAGGAGAAAGACAUGAUUGAGGUGGGGAACCUGUCCUUCCUGAAGGAGCUGCUCUACCGGAUCAAUCGGAUGGACCUCCUGGCUGCCCACCUGGACUCCAGCCGAGAGGAGAUGGAGAAAGAGCUGCAGAUCCCAGGCAGGGCAAAGGUGUCAGCCUACAGGCAACUGCUAUAUAGAAUUGCAGAAGACUUGACUCCAGAAGAUGUCAAGAGCGUGAAGUUUUUGCUCCAAAAAGAAAUACCAAAGAGCAAGCUCCAGGAUAAUGCUACAAUGUUGCAGGUCUUACUGGAAAUGGAAAGAAAUGGGAUGAUUAAAGAAGAUGACCUGACAAGGCUGAAAGAUGUAUUAAAGGGAUUUAGAGCUGAUGUAAAGAAAAAAAUCGUUAUCUAUGAAGAAAAAAUAAAAGAAAAUGAUUCUAAGGAAAAACUCCACUAUCCAGUGUCUGUAUCUGUGCAUCCAGCAGGACAAGGAGCAGAGGGGGAGACACCACACCUGCUUGUGGAAUCAUAUACGAUGAAAAAUAACCCCCAUGGUUACUGUGUGAUUCUUAACAACUACAAAUUUAAAAAUCCAUUUGAAGCCAGAGAAGGAACAGUGAAAGAUGGAGAGGCUGUGAAGAGAGUCUUUAGGUGGCUUCAGUUUGAGACAGUUGAGCACAUGGAUCUAGAAGCAAAGCAAAUGUAUGCAAAAGUCAAAGAAUACAGCAAAAAAGAUCAUAGUAACAUGGACUGUUUUGUUUGCUUCAUUUUUUCCCAUGGUGAGAAAGACAAAAUAAAAGGCGUUGAUCAUGAGUUUGUAAAUAUUAAAGAUUUAGUCUCCUGCUUCAGUGGAUCUAAUUGUCCUUCUCUUGCUGGCAAACCUAAGCUGUUUUUCAUCCAGGCUUGCCAAGGCUCUGUAGGUCAUCCAGCUGUGACAGUAAAAGAAGACUUUUCUGGCCAUCUUGAGACGGAUGCUACCCCUCUGACUUCCAUUCCUGAUCAGGCUGAUAUUCUGGUUGGCAUGGCUACAGUGGAAGACUAUGAGUGCUACCGCUGUACAAAGACUGGCAGUGUUUAUGUUCAGUGCCUUUGUGACAAGAUAGAGGUGCUUUGCCCACUUCGCAAGGACCUAAUAACCAUCCUGACAGAAGUGAACAAGGAAGUGGGAGCAAGAGUAUUAAAUGGAUGUAAGCAGAUGCCAAAGAUAACAUCAACCCUACGGAAGCAAUUGAUCUUCCAAAUUCCACAAUGUCAGUCAACUGAAAAGUAG